AUGGCUACUCUUCAUCAUCAACCGAUCUAUAGAAUUCAAGAUCACGCAAUAGAUCUUCCCCUUCUAGGACAAUCUGAAGACACAAUCCUGAUCACUGCUGAAAGAGAAGAUGAUAUUCCCACAAUUCUUCAAAUUUCACGGCAGAUUCCCAGAGAAGAAUUAAAGCUACUUAUUCGUCUGGAAUGGAUUACCAGUUCUGAGCAACUUCAUCAGCAACCGACACCCAUCCAUCUUUUAGAUCCUAAGUUUCAAAAGCUUCCAAAUGGAAAUGUAAAAACGGUGUUCAAUCCAAAAGAUGUGGCUUCAUCCAGUACUCCUCCAGUCUUCCAAUCUCUAAUGAUAAAGCCAGUAACUUUUGAGAAAGAUAUUCCUUUAAACAGCAUUGCAGCAGAUGGAUCUCCCAUCUACACUGAGAAAGUUGAAGGAAAUUUUAUCUGGGAUGUUGAUCCUUCCAUGUGUGACACUGAUUGUGCAUGUCAUUCUCCUCAAAGCAAUGGUACCAAGGCAACAUGCAGACCUCCUACUAUUCACAAAAGACCUGAUGAUCCAAAUAGUCCAUGGAUAGGAAUUCGAAAACCAUCCACUAAACCUAAGCCUCUUUGGAUAUAUGAUCGAGCGCUUGAAAUCCUCAAAGAAGAAGACUUAAUUCCUCCAGACCUUCAGAAAAACCCAUUCUAA